AAAUAACAAAAACAAAAUUCUCUCCCUCUCUUACAAUUUUGGUUGUAUCUCGUCAUAUCUUCACCUGAAUCUGAUUGCAGAGAUCUCAAAAACCCUGGCUUUCGAUGUCUGCAUAACCGUUUCAGCUCGAAUUCUGAACAUCUUUCUCAAUUAUUACCUUCUUCGUUAUUUUUUUUGGAGAAUAAAUUACAGUAAAGCAACCUUUUUUUUUCGUUUGUUUUUGUUAUUAGAUUGUUAGGCUUUUCUUUUGCAUUUUAGCUCCUUGGCAUUUUUUGUUUCAAUUUGUUCGAUGGCUCCGAAUCCUCCAUUCCAAGUGGAGGAUCAAGCGGAUGAAGAUUUCUUUGACAAGUUAGUUAAUGAUGACGAUAAUGAUAACAUGGGCCCCACCGUCCCAAAAUUCACGGAGGGUAAUGAAUCCGACGAUGCUAAAGCCUUUUCCAAUUUAUUAAUUGGAGAAGAUUCCGGCUGCAAAGAGGUUGACAGUCGUGGUGGAAAGAAAAAAGAUACUGUGGAUGCAGGUCCAGAACCCGCCAGUGCACAGGCAGGUAAUGGCCCUAAUGAUUCAUUAGGGAUAGAUAAUAUUGUGGUUGACUCGAAUAAUCAUCUCCAACAAGGAGCACAGUCAGGGGCUGUAUUCAGUCAGAACUUAAAUGAGAAUAUUGGAUCUAAGAACGCUGGGGUUAAGAAAGUAGGGUGGAAUUCGCUUUUUACUGAUUCCAAUGAGAAUGGGGUGCAAGGGUUCGGUUCCUAUUCUAAUUUUUUCAGUAAUUUAGGGGAAAAUUCCAUAGCGGAUUUCCCUUCUGGGGCGGAUGUAAUUGCUGAAACGAGUUUAUUCGAAUGGAAUGCAAUUAGUACUUUCAAGCAGUAUUGUGAUGCCAACCAUGAUCAAGUUUUUGGAGCUUCUACUGCAGAUAAUGGAAAUGAGCAUGAUCUAUAUAGCAGUCAGUACUGGGAGAACAUGUAUCCAGGAUGGAAGUAUGAUGCAAAUUCAGGGCAGUGGUAUCACAUGGAUGGUUCAACUGGUGAUGGCAAAGGGAACACAGAUGUGAAAGCAGGGGCUUCUUAUUUGCAGCCGACAUUCCAAUCUGUUGUGGGGACUAUGAUAACUGUAAAAAGCAGUGUGGCAAAUUGGAAUCAGGUUUCCCAAGUGAAUGACGGGUAUCCAAAACAUAUGGUUUUUGACCCUCAAUACCCUGGUUGGUACUAUGACUUAAUUGCUCAGCAAUGGUAUGUGUUGGAGAGCUACAAUGCCUGUGCUCAGUCAAACGUUCUGUGUGAUGGUCAACAAAAUCAAAAUGAAUUUACUUCUACCGUUCAGAGUUAUCUAACUCAGAUUAACAGUUCUGGCAUGGAUGGUGAACAUGAACAAGGUGAUAAUUAUGGGGCACUUGGUAUCGAAAGCCCUGGUGAACAUCGUUCGUGGGGAGAUCCCUAUCAUAAUAAUCAUAGUCCAUGUUUGAAUUUGUUGCAACCUGAGACUGUUCCCAAAAAUAGCCUCGCUGGGAACCAGCAAUCAGAUACAUCUUUUGGUUUGAGUAUGCCUGCGAACAACCAUGUAAGUCACUUCAAGUCAUCCUAUUCACUUCAAGUCAUCCUAUAAUUUUCUGCAGAAGUUCAGUCAGUCAAUAAUGAUAACCAGGUUCAUAAUGAAGCCAAUGGGGUUACUGAGUUACAAUGCUUUCUUCCUACUGAAAACUUCAACCACCAGUUUACCCAGACAACUUUAAAGCAAAAUGAGCAAAUGCAUUUCUCAAAUGAUUUCUAUGGAGGCCAGAAGUCUGUAAAUGUUGCCCAGCAGCCACGUCAGACUAGCCAGUCGCUUCCUUAUGCUUCUAACACCGGACGGUCGUCUUUUGGCCGGCCUCCACAUGCACUUGUUAGUUUUGGAUUUGGUGGAAUACUCAUAGUAAUGAAAGAUAGUAGUCCUCUGCAAAACUCAUCAUUUGGUAGUCAGGGUUCUGUAGGAGCCUCUAUCUCUGUACUCAAUUUGUUGGAAGUUGUCAAUUCAAACACUAGCAUUUCUGGUGCUGCAGCAGCAAGCUCUGAUUAUUU